AUGUUAUGGCUAUUUUUUCUUCUUGCGGCAGCGUGGGCAAACCCCAUCAAGCUUGCCAGAGAAGAGCUUUCCCAAAAAAGAGGCUCUUCUGUCGAAGAUUACUUGGUCACCUCACUUCCGGGGCUCUUCAAGAUCGAUACCAAAGAUAUCCCCGUGAUGUUUGCCGGGCAGCUUCGACUCUAUGAGCAGAACGACACACACUAUUUCUUCUGGAAGUUCCAGGAUCAGCAUAAGGCGCCCGUGGCAGAGAAAAAGUUGAUUUUCUGGCUAAACGGUGGGCCCGGGUGUUCCUCCAUGGAUGGCGCCUUGAUGGAAGCAGGCCCGCUCAGGGUAAACAAGCACAAGGAGGUGGUGUACAAUGAAGGGUCGUGGCAUAAGAGGGCCGACAUUGUGUUCGUGGACCAGCCAGCGGGCACUGGCUUCUCGUACUCUGACGAUUAUGCCAACAACUUGAACGACGUAUCGUGGCACUUCAAGACGUUUUUGGAGAAAUACUUCGACCUUUUCCCCGAGGAGCGACACUAUGAUAUCAUGUUGGCAGGUGAGAGUUUUGCAGGCCAGUAUAUUCCUUACAUUGCUCACGGCAUCAUUGAGCACAUGCCUGAUAUUCAUUUGGCGGGCCUCUUGAUUGGCAACGGCUACAUCGACCCGUAUACGCAAGGCCUCUCGUAUUUACCGUUUGCUCAGCAAGCAGGAAUCAUCUCUACAAACCAUCCUAACUGGAGAGAUCUUCUUUCGAGACAAGAGGAGUGCCAAAAACGGGUGGACCAUGCCAAGGCUGAGAAGACGCCUGCUGCCGCUGAUUUGGCCACGAGGGUCUGUGACAACGUGCUCAGUCUUUUGCUUCAGUACACGAGGGACAACCGCGCUGCAAAGAACGAGCAAUGCUUCAACAUGUACGACUACAAGCUCAAGGACUCGUUUCCUUCUUGCGGCAUGCAUUGGCCACCAGAUCUCCAGUAUGUGACCCCGUUUUUGCGUGACAAUAAUGUGAUGAACAGUUUGAACUUGGAGAAUAAGAUAUCUUGGAAAGAGUGUCGGGGCAACGUUGGCACCCACUUGAACCAACGUGAUUUUCCUCCUGCCAUCUCUCUUCUUCCAGACCUUUUGAAGAACACUAAAAUUGUGCUCUUUCACGGAGACAGGGAUAUAAUCUGUAAUUAUGUGGGCGCAGAGUACCUCGUCAGAGAUUUGGACUGGAAUGGUAAGAAGGGUUUCUCGGAGUCUUUACCAACAUACGACUGGAUCCACGAAGGCGAGAAGGGAGGAUAUCUUCAGAGCGAAGCCAACUUGACCUACGUAAACGUCUUUGAAGCCUCCCACAUGGUGCCGUUCGAUAAGCCCGAGUUAUCGAGCGCUUUGGUUGAUAUCUUGUAUGAGCGAUAUGAUGUCGUGGAUAAUCUGAACGAGAAGCCUAAGCUUAUCACGCACGCGUUGUCCUAUAGCGAGGACAACGGUAGGCCGACUAAGCCUGAACCUGGUGACUCUCAGACGUCAUCUCUUGGCUCUUCCGUCCCGGUCGGAGGAAACAACAGCACAAGCACCACCGACGGCUCAGAGGUACACUACGGUAGCGCAUUCGUGCGUCUUAUUCAGUUUGCCGUCAUUAUUGUUCUCAUAUGGGGCGUUUGUGCUCUCUUUUCCGCUUACAGGUCACGUCCAGCAUCCAUCAUCAAGACGAAGUCGUCAAAUAGGAAAAAGAACGUCCAGUGGGCAGACCAGUUGGAGGAAGAGGAAUUGGGUAUCGGUCCAAAUAUUGAUUCAAAGGGCUCUAUCUUCUCGAGGGCUUUUCUGAAAUUGACCGGAGGAGAUCCUCGAGGUCGUUAUGCACCAACGCUGCAAUUCGAAGAUAUAGAAUUGGAAUCUAGGCGACAUGAUGACGAUGCCGAUUUCAUCAUUGCAAGCGAUGAUGAAGCGGAGUCGCCUCCAGAGGAAGAGGAGCCCGAGUCCGGUGAUCCUGCAUUGCACAGAAACUCUGAAGAAUAG